UUGUAUCAACUCACACACUGAAAUAAAGACUUGCUUCGGACUGAGAACGAGAAAAGGAAGAUAUUGGGAGUAUCUGCAAUCAAGCCAAAAUAUUUUGACACGCAAGGAGAGGACACCCAAGGGCAAAGGCUUGAGAGAAAACUGGUAGGUGAGAACAAACUUUGUCUUUGUCAUGUCUUCGUUUGAGGCCCAAGGCCAGUCUCCUCCUCGGUGUGGCCCACAAUUUCCCAGCUUAGGCCAGGAGCCCCCUGAACUCAGCAUGUACAGUGACUGUUACUACCCUCCUCCCUCAUUGCCGAGCCCCCAGCGCACCACCCCAUCAUCUUAUGACCUGAGUGACUACACCACCUCCUCACCCAACCCCUACCUCUGGUUCAAUGGUUCUGGGAUCAACACACCUUCUUACCUGGCCACCAACGGACCGCCUGGGAACCCUGGCCCCCCUUUUGUGCCUCAGCACUAUGGCAUGCAGAGGCCUUACCUGGGCCCCACUGGGGCUGGGGGCCCAGGAGGGGAAUUGGGAUGGUUCUCUCUUCCCUCUCAGGAGGACCUGAUGAAGCUGGUCAGACCACCUUACUCUUACUCUGCUCUCAUUGCCAUGGCUAUUCAUGGAGCUCCAGAAAGAAGGCUGACAUUAAGUCAAAUUUACCAGUAUGUGGCUGACAACUUCCCCUUCUACAACAAGAGCAAGGCUGGCUGGCAGAAUUCCAUCAGACACAAUCUGUCACUCAAUGACUGCUUCAAGAAAGUACCAAGAGAUGAGGACGAUCCAGGGAAAGGCAACUAUUGGACACUAGACCCAAACUGCGAGAAGAUGUUUGACAAUGGAAACUUCCGUCGCAAAAGGAAGAGGAAGUCUGACUCCCUACCUGGUGGGGAGGGGGGCUCGGGGGCUCCAGAGACAGGGGACAGUGAGAGGGGCAGCCCUAAAAACCCCAGCAACCCUGCCCUUGAUAUCUCCCCUCCACCAGACAGGAUUCCCUCUCCUUCAUCGUCAGGCCCAGCACCCUGUCUGAGCAGCUUCUUGUCUGAAAUGUCUGGCGUGACAACUGGGGCAGUGAAUGAGGUGGGGGGAGAUGGGUUAAGUAGGCCACUGCAGAUCAACCUUCCCAUGGAUGGGCCUCAGAGGCUCACGCAGCCUGGGGGUUUUGGUAGUUACUCACCCAGCGCAGGUGGCCCAGAGUGGGCAUCAUCGCUGCAGCAACCCCCUGCGCUCUCUUCUUCACCCACCCACUCUUCCCUGGGGUACAGUAGUCCCAUCCUUAGCCAGUUCAAUGGGCAUUUCUACCCUGGACUGGGAUCAACAGGGAUCCUCUAUCCACGUGAAGGCACAGAGGUCUGA